GCGCAGUCCCCGCCUGGGAGUUUAAAGCGCCAUUUUGUGCCGGGCGGCGGAUAUCGAUCGUCGCUCCCUGUCGGGUGAGCGGCGGGGCGCUAGGCGCCCGUCCUCUGCCCUUCUCCGCGCCUCUUUCCCCCGUCCCUCCGCUCCCAUGACCCGCAGCAGGAAGCAGGCGGCGCUGGAGAGAGGAGCCGGCAAGAUGAACCCAGAAGCGGGGAGCGCCGCGGAGGGGGCCCGGGCGGCGGCGGCGGCGGGGGCAGCCGGGAACGGAACGGCGCCCGGCGCCUGGGGGCUGGAGGGGGAUUCGGAGAAAGUUGUAUACUCGCGUUCGCAGGUCUCCUACGCCGGCACCAAGGCGCUGGGCGACGCCCUCAAGCUCUUCAUGCCCAAGUCCACCGAGUUCAUGAGCUCCGACUCGGAGCUGUGGAACUUCCUUUGCAGCCUCAAGCACGAGUUCUCCCCGGUCAUCCUCCGCAGCAAGGACGUCUACGGCUACGCCUCCUGCCGCGCCGUCGUCCCCGACCCGCCGCCGCCCUCGGCCGAGCGGCCCCGCCACCGGCCCGGCAAACGGCGCCUCCCGCCCGCCAAGCGCCGGGCCGCGGUCACGGGCGGCUCCGCCAAACGGCCCCGGCGGCGGCGGCGGCGCCGCAGGAGGGCGCAGGGCUGGCGGCACCGAGCGGCACCGGCGGCCGAUGGCACCCAGGGCGAGGAGCGGCUGGAGGCGGCGGCGGGGCCGCCGGGCGAGGACGAGGCUGAGGCCGAGGACAGCGAGCGGGGCGGCCCGGCCGAGCAGGCCGCCUGGAGGCAGCCGUUCGGCGGCAAGUCGCUGGAGGAGAUCUGGAAGGCGGCUACCCCUCGCCUCACCACCUUCCCCACCAUCCGGGUGCGCGGCGGCGUCUGCAACUGGCGCAGCCUGGAGGCGGCGCGGCGCCGGGCGCAGCGGAUCCUCGGCGUGGACCUGUCGCCCGUGGUGCGGGUGCGCCGCCUGCCCGUGGCGCCGUCCUGAGGCGGCGGGAGGGGAGGGAAGGCCGGCGCGGACAAAGAGACCAAUAUCAGUCACCUGUUUACAUUGCUUUUGUCUGGAUCAUGUUCUUCUGCUGCACUUUACGGCUCGCUAGAAUCGGGGCCGGGGCGCCGGGCCCCGGGCGGGCGAGGGGCCGGCUGCGGGUACCGCGCGUGGGGACCAAGUUCUGCUUCCACUUCUCCCAUCGGGCUACCUCACUGGUCCAGAAGUCCACCCAAGAAGUUGUUUUCCAAAGGAACUUAACUUUCAUGCUUGUAUAAUAAAGCACCAUCCGAUUCUCGUUCCCCCCCCCCCCCCCCCCGCCCUUUUCUGAUGGAUUAUGUAUGCUUUGUGGUGUUGCACUAGUAUGUGCUCAGGGUAUUUUGAAUCCCAAGCAUUCCCAAGUUUCAGUUCACUCUGACCGAGGAUGCGUUAAGAAUGGAGGUUCAGGACUUGUGGCUGUUCUUGAUGGUGCAAAAACUUUUUUUUUUUUUUUUUAAUUU